AUGCCUGAGAUAGCUGAAGAAAAGAUCAAGGCGCGACGUGUUCCGGUCAAAGCCUUGCUCCUGGACCAAAAGUUUCUCAGCGGAAUAGGCAAUUGGGUCGGGGACGAAGUGUUAUAUCACGCACGCCUUCACCCAGAACAAUACAGUGAUGAAAUCAGCGAUGAACAGAUACAGAGGCUGUACGACUCCAUCGUGGACGUCUGUCAAACCGCAGUCGAUAAGCUCGGGGACUCGGACCAGUUUCCUAAACAUUGGCUCUUCAACCACCGCUGGGCUAAAGGCAAGGGCACGACGCUCAAGCUCCCAAACGGAGAAAAGUUGGCAUUCGUCACCGUCGGUGGUAGGACUAGCUGCUACGCUCCUGGCAUACAGAAGAAAACUGGCAAGGGCGCCGAAACUGAACCAGAUGUCAAGGAGGAAGAUGACGAAGGGGAUGAAGCUGCACCCCCGCUAAGGGAAAAAGCCGAAGAAGACCAAGCUCGCCCAGCCUACCAAAUCAGAGGAGAAGGCUGA